AUGGACUUCAAUUCGUUGAAGGACCAGGUCAGCAACCUGAGUCUGUAUGAUAUUAAAGCAGGUGUCCGUAAAGUGCAAAAUGCUAUGAUGAACUACACGGAAAUGGAGGCAAAGGUUGGCACCCACCCUCACCUGUAUCCAGUCUAUGGGUUUGGUAUAUGUGCAAGUUCUGUGGCUAAUUGUCGGUUUCUCUUUUGUUGGCAGGUCCGAGAAGCUACGAAUAAUGAGCCGUGGGGUGCGUCUUCUACUCUGAUGCAGGAGAUCGCAAAUGGGACACACAGCUACCAGCUGCUUAACGAGAUAAUGCCAAUGAUCUAUAAACGCUUUACGGAGAAAUCUGCAGAGGAGUGGCGGCAGAUAUAUAAGUCCUUGCAAUUGCUCGAAUUCCUGGUAAAAAAUGGCUCAGAACGAGUUGUUGAUGAUGCACGAUCCCACAUAUCCCUUUUACGCAUGCUUCGCCAAUUCCAUUACAUCGACCCCAAUGGCAAAGAUCAAGGAAUAAACAUCCGCAACCGCUCUCAGGAACUUGCGAAAUUGCUAAGCGAUGUUGAUAUGAUCCGUGCGGAAAGGAAAAAGGCCAAGGCUAAUAGGAACAAAUUUGGCGGAUUCGAAGGAGGAAUAGGCGUUGGUGGAUUUUCCGGCGGAGCAGCUGGCAGUUCCCGCUUUGGUGGGUUUGGCAGCGAAGAUGCGAACUUUGGAGGUUUCAGUGGCGGGGUGUAUGGUGAUGGAGGUGGCUUUAAUGGAAAUACUAGCGAGUUCCGAGAUGCCAGUAGGAGAUCCAACCGAUUCGAGGAGUAUGAUGAGGGCGAUACCAGCGGAUAUUCAGCUCCUCGCAGAAGUGAGCCGGCAUCCUCUAGAGCCGAAUCGAAAAAGCCGGCUCCUCCAAAAGCUCCAACACCUGAUCUAGUCAGCUUUGGUGACGAUGACGAGCCAGCGCCGGCGCCUUCUAUCGCCUCCCCACUAGCAAACUCAUCGUCUACAAAACCUUCUGGCUCAAGUGGUUUGACUGAGCUUGCGGCUCAAAGCAUGGAUGAUGAUGAAUUUGAUGAUUUCCAAUCAGCCAGCCCUGCAACGCCUGCUGCCAGCACAACUAUACAGUCACAGUUCAGCUCAAUCCCUCUCCCAGCUGCACCAACCCAAACCCAAUUCGCCGCUCCAAAACCUAUUUCAGCUGCUCAAGGUGCGAGCCUUAACGGAUUGGCAGCCUUCAGGUCCAACCCACAAACGCCAUCGGCUACAGGCACGAUGUCCCAGGGGUCAAGCAUGGGGCCACUCUCGCCUUCUACUCAGUCCCAGCCGCCAAAGCCAACCACGUACCAAGCUUCCCAGCCAAAUUAUUUCACAUCUAUCCCUAUCCCUCAGUCGAAGCCAUCGGAACCUUCCAAUAAAGCGACUCCCAAAUCUCCAACUACAGGCUCCUCCAAAUCAGGCGGUGAUGUCUUCGGAAGCCUAUGGUCUACCGCUAGUGCCAAUGCUGGUAUCAAACCAACAACCCAAACUCAGUCCAAGGGACCCAAUCUGGCUAGUAUGGCCAAGGAGAAGGCAAGUGCUGGUAUUUGGGGAACUCCUAGCUCGAGCAGUUCACCCCAAAGCUUCAGUGGUACUCCCAACUCCCAGCAGCAGAAGAAGGCUGGCGGAGGAAGCGCGCUAGAUGAUCUUUUAGGUUAA